AUGGCGGAGAGUCUACUUCAGCAAGCGAAUGCGGCACAUGUGGACGAGGAGUACGAAACAGCAAUAGAGCUGUAUACCAAGGCCAUCUCUCUGUCCCCCAACGAUGCAGAUCUGUAUGCGAGUCGUGCACAGUCCUACAUAAAGGAGGAGAGGUUUCUAGAGGCCGUGCAGGAUGCAAGCAAGGCUGCUGAGCUCUCACCCAAGCUGGGAAAGGCUCAUCUGCGGAAGGGUGUGGCGUUGUUCAACCUUGAAGAGUAUGAGAGCGCUAAGGAGGCCUUCGAGACAGCAAACUCCAUACAGAAGAAGAAGGAGAUUGAAACCUGGAUCAGGAAGUGCAAUGCCGAGUUGGAAGGUUUGUCUCUUACCACAAUCGCCAUACGCCCUGGGACUACUCAACAUGGAGGUUUUGCAGUCAUGGAACAAAAUGCAAUAGAUCUGCCUUCCCAUUCUUCAGUGCCUAACGGGACAUCGGCACCGGCGUCCACAUCUGCUGAGUCCAAAAGCAAUGGCGUCCAGCAGGAAGGCAAAUACCGUUACCAGUUCUUCCAGACACAGAACAUUGUGGAAGUGGCCGUGCUGGCCAAGAACCUCACUCCUGAUCGCGUCAAGAUAGACAUAGAGGAAAGGAAGCUGCAUGUCAUCGUAAAGUCCCCUGAAGGAGAGCAGGAGUAUGAGCUGAACGUGGACCUAUAUGAUGCGGUGGUGCCUGUUGAGUCCAAGUUUGAGCUGCUGAAAACCAAGGUGGAGAUCCGGCUGAAGAAGGCAUCUGUCCUGUCCUGGCCCACCCUGGAGAAGUGCGACAAAAAGAUUGCCGCAAACUUCUCAGACCCCGCUAACCAGCAGCCACCGUCCUACCCCUCCUCCUUCACCAAGGGCCGCAAGAUGAACUGGGACAAGCUGGAGCAUGAGGUCAAGCUGGAGGAGAAGGAUGAGAAGCUGGAGGGGGAGCAGGCGCUGCAGAAGCUCUUCAAGGACAUCUACUCCGGUGCUGAUGAGGAGACCCGCCGCGCUAUGAACAAGUCCUUCCAGGAGUCUGGUGGAACAGUUCUGUCCACAAACUGGAAGGAGGUGGGAGCAAAGAAGGUGGACUGCGCUCCUCCAACCGGCAUGGAGAAGCGUGCCUACGAGUACUGA